ACCACUUUUCGUCCGUUGGAAUCCAAUCACUCACUCUCUCUCUCUCUCUCUAUCUGUGAAGCAUCCCGGAGCUCCCCCGUCUAUGGCCCUAGUCCGCGAGCGCCGCCAGAUCAACCUCCGCCUCCCGCUGCCCGAACUCUCCGAGCGCCACCCCAGGUUCCCGCUCCCGCUCCCGCCUUCUGCAGCCGGCACCGCCAGCUCCUCGAUAUCAGUCUCCGACCUCGAGAAGCUCCAUGUGCUCGGCCACGGUAAUGGUGGCACAGUCUACAAGGUCCGCCACCGCCGCACCUCGGCCUUGUACGCCCUCAAGGUGGUCCAGGGAGGCUGCGACCCCACUGUCCGCCGCCAGCUCCACCGCGAGAUGGAGAUCCUCCGCCGCACCGACCACCCCCAGAUAGUCCGGUGCCACGGCAUCAUCGAGAAGCCGAGCGGCGACUUCGCCGUUGUGAUGGAGUAUAUGGACGUCGGGACCCUCGACACUGUCCUCCGCUCGCAGGGGACUUUCACGGAGAGCUUGCUCGCCGAUGUUGCGAGGCAGGUCCUCGCGGGACUGAGCUACCUCCACUCCCACCGGAUCAUCCACCGGGAUAUCAAGCCGUCGAAUCUGCUCGUGAACAGUAAGAUGGAGGUGAAGAUCGCCGACUUCGGUGUCAGUAAGAUCAUGGGCCGGACCCUUAACCCGUGCAACUCCUACGUCGGGACGUGCGCUUACAUGAGCCCGGAGCGGUUUGACCCGGACGCCUAUGGCGGGAACUACGACGGGUACGCGGCGGACGUGUGGAGCCUCGGGCUGACCCUGCUCGAGCUAUACCUAGGCCACUUCCCGCUCGCAUCGGGACCCGGGGAGAGGCCCGAUUGGGCCACCCUCAUGUGUGCCAUAUGCUUCGGGGACCCGCCCAGCUCCCCGGAGGGCGCGUCGGAUGAGUUCCGGAGCUUCAUCGAAUGCUGCCUGCAAAAGGACUCCAGCAAACGGUGGUCGGCCCAGAAGCUCCUCAACCACCCGUUCGUCUGUCCACCCCGGCAAUAGGUGCCGGGUCUGGGUCGACCCGCCGGAGAUCGAUUUUGCGAAAGGAAUUUAUUCCUUUUUUUAGUGAGAUAACUUUGUAUAUACCGGACGGCGAUUGGGGAUUUGAAUCUUUGGCUGAUCCCUUUACCCAACUUCCUUGUAAAUUCUUCAAUUACCGGAAUUUUUUUUUUUUUU